UGAGCAACAAGCCAAAAGUUCCACUAGAGACUUCAUUUCAGGCGCCGCGAGGAAGAAGAAAAAUGAGUCCAGAGCACUAUUCUUCAAUAGGAACUCAAUUCCAUCAUCAUCUUCAUCAUAUGACUUUUGUGCUCCAUACUAUUAUGAAGUUGCCUAUAUAAAGAGCCAUUUGGGAGCUGCAAAGAACACACCAAUUCGAAGAGAAAUCUCCCUCUUCUUUCUUUAACUUUGUUCAUAUUAGUAGCAAUAAAAUAAAAGUGAUUCUUUCAGGAACACUUUCUGUAAAAUUCAGUUUGUAAUUUCCAUUCCAGAAUUUCAGUUCUAUAUAUUUCAACAAUAAAGUUCACUUGGAGAUAUCAGUUCGAAGUUAAUCAGUUCCAGCUUAAUCUGAGGAUUUCAAUCUUUUCUGUUCCAGCCUCUUCUAUGUUCUUGAAUAUUUAUGCCUUCAGGGAUUAUAUGCACAUAAGGUGUUAGGAUUGCUUGUUAUUGUCUUAAUGGAUUCUAAGUUCUUGUCAUGUGUAGCGGAAGAUGUAUAGAUAAGUUGAACCCUAUAUUUUCUCAGUUCUUGGUUUCUGUAAUAGGAAAUUCUUUGUGUCAUUAUCCUCUCAAUAUCUCUCAUUAGAAGAGAAGAAAACCAAACCAAUGAGUAUAGAAUAGUUUAUAAGAAAUACAAAAAUUACCUUGUUUUUCAAACUUGAUUUCACUAAUAUCCAGUAAUGAUAUUUUCAACUUAGUGUAUUAUUAAUACUUGUUAUUCUCUCAAUCUCUCUCAUUGUAUUAUUAAUACUCACUAACAUCCGGUAGAUUGAGAAAUUUAUAGCUUAAUAGGCUAAUAUUGAUAGGAACUUGGAAUGUAACUAUGGUGUUUGAUAAAAUUCCUCAAAGAAGAAAUGAAAAUUUUAACUAGUAAUUAAUUUGUUUCAAUUACUCUGUUUUCAGUAGUGUUCUUACUUCUUAGCCUAUCUUUCAUUAGCCUCACACUGAUCUUAAUUAAUCUUUUGUAAGUAUUUCAAGGGAAAAAAGAUUGUUUGGUUUAUAAGCCUGUACUAUGUACUGUAGUUGAGUAUUGCUGGACACACUGAUUCUCUUGGCAAGCAUUUGAGUUACUCUUGUAAUGUAUUAUAGUCACUUGUGAUUGGUUUUCAAGUGAUGAUUUUCUUACUAAUCUCUGGCAAAUCGCAACUGCACUCAAGGUAGUAUAAAGCAUGCAAAAAUAAAGUUUUAUAUGUUCUGUUAUCUCAAUAAACUCAAUACCCCUUAAAUAUUCAUGUUCGAAAUUAAUUUACCAUUCCAUAAAACUUGUAAAGUUUCUGAAGCUAAGUGGCUCAUAUUUUGAUUAUUUUCAAGCUAUGAGGGAUGAUUAUUUUGAAGAUGUGGGGCGGUUCCCAACCCGUUGAGCAGCCUGUUCUCUGAAAAACCUAAGCUUCUCCACACCUUACUCUUCUCCUCCUGCUUCCAUCUGAUCACACUGCCUAGAAUGGGAAAUUGGUGUUGAUCUGCUGCUGCUGGUUCUUGAUAGCUUCAAGUUGCUUCAUCAGAGCAUGUUACUUUGAUUUUUGUUGUUAUUCUGGUUGUUAUUCUGUUGGUGCGUCUCCGCUCGCACAAACUGUCACUUUCCGUUGUUCAUUGUCUAAAUUGACCUGGUAAACUCAUUGAAUUUUAUGCAGAAUAUUCUUCACUUUCUGCUUACACCCAUCACAAUGUAUGUUCACUCUCAGGCAUGAGCACACAUGUCUGGAUCUUGAGCAGCUUAAAGUCUUCAUCUUUAGUCAUUUUCUUCAGGUAGUUGUUUUUAUAACUAGAAUUAUGGAACUGCUGGUUGUUUUUAUAACUACAAUUGUCUUGAGUAGCCUAUGGACCAGCAGUGCCGUCGUUGGACUGGUUGUUCUAAGAUUCGCUAGGCGCUAGUUGGGCGGUCAAGCACCGCCUAGCGCCUAGGCAGACUAGGCGCCGAUUAGUCGGCAAUUAGGUGGCCAACUCGGUUUCUAAAAAGCAAUAAUCCGAGGUUCCCAUUAGUAGUAAUAAAACAAGUAGAAUUUUGGAAUUAAUUCAAUGUGAUUUAUGGGGUCCUUAUAAAAUCCUCUCUAUUUGUGAUGUUGUUUAUUUCAUGACUCUGGUUGAUGAUUAUUCAAGGGUUGUGUGGGUUUAUCUGCUUCGUGACAAAAAGGAUGUAUAUAGAUUUUUUCUUUCUUUUAUUGUUAUGAUUGGAAAACAAUUCGAGGUUCCCGUCAAGAUCAUUUGAAGUGAUAAUCCGUAUUCAAAUGUUUAUUACCUUAUUUUGAGCAACAUGGAAUCAUUUUUCAGACGUCGUGUGUUCACACACCCCAACAAAAUGGUAGGGUGGAGCGUAAGCACCACCAUAUUUUGAACGUUGCUCGCGCACUAAUGUUUCAGGCUAAUGUUCCAAUUUUUUUUGUGGGGUGAGUGUGUGCUCACGGCGGUUCAUCUCAUUAACCGUACAUACCCUCGAAACUUUUGGAGGGCAAAACACCAUAUGAGAUUUUUACUGGGAAAACACCAAACUUCCUUCAGCUACGCAUUUUUGGGUGCUUAGCUUUCGCUCACAAUUUGAAAACUGGGAUAUAUAUGUCUCGAGGGACGUACAGUUCCAUGAAGAUGUGUUUCCUUUCUUCGGUUCCUCUACGCACUCAUCUGUGGCGUUACCUGCACAUGACAUAGUGCCCGAUGUCCCAACUAUUUUUGACACAUCCGAACCAGUUCCUCGAGAAAAUGUGGUUGGUCAAACUCAUUCUACGGUACUAGACUUGUCCCCAGUUUCUAGUUUAACCAAAUCCGGAGGUUUCGAACCGGAACCGGUCUGCGGCCAAGGUUCCGAAUCUGCGGCUAAGGGAGGCAGUUCGGUUUAAGGGAACCAACGAUUCCGUUUCAGAACCGGAUUUUUUGAUUUUUUUUUAAAUUGAUUUCUAUAAGUUAUUAUAUUAAAAAUAAGUUAAAAAGAUUUGUAUGACAUCUUUAAUGUUUCUUAUAUCACAAUGUAUGUCUUUGAUUCACAAAGUAUUGUUCUUAUAUCUUAAUGUUUUAAUUAAAUACAUAUAAAUAUCCUAAAUAAAUAUAAUGUUUUAAUUUGAUUCACCAAGCUCAAAUUUAUUAAAAAUAAAUAAGUUACAAAGAUUUGUAUGACAUUAUUAAUGUUUUUUAUAUCACAAUUUAUGUCUUUGAUUCACAAAGUAUUGUUCUUAUAUCCAAAUGUUUUAAUUAAAUACAUACAAAUAUCCUAAAUAAAUAAAUAUAAAUUAUUUAAAAAAUGCCGAAUCGGACCAGAACCGGCGGUUUGGAACCGCCUUGAACCGGCCCUUCAAGGUUCUGGUUAGGGUUUGAGCAUUUGGUGAACCGAGAACCGCCGGUUCGGUUCUGGUUCUAGUUCGGUUUCGAACCGGGGACAGGUCUAUACGGUAACCCCCCCGGUUGAUACUUAUCCUGACAGCUCUAUGCUUGGUCGUGGUAUGUGGUCUAAACGACCAUCGGUCUUGUUGUGUGUUUAUGAUGCCCAUCAUGUCCAGAACUUAAGCCCAUCUCCGUCGACACCCUUCAUCAGCUCCUCAUGUGCGUGAUAUCCUAUUACUCAUUAUGUGUCGUGUGAUAAGUAUUCUAACUGUCACGACAUGUUUCUUGAAGCUAUUCUUGCAGGUCACGAAUCUCGUUCGUUCAGGGGAGAUAUGCUUGACUCUGGGUGAUGUUCCGCUAUGCAAAAUGAAAUUCAGGCCCUUGAAAAUAAUCAUAUAUGGGAUAUGGAGCCACUACCUCUCGAAAAAAGGCUCCCGGGUGUAAAUGGGUCUACAAAAUUAAAUAUAAAUCCGAUGGCACAGUUGAACGUCUGAAAGCACGACUGGUUGUUUUUGGGAAUCACCAGGAAGCAGUUAUUGAUUACACUGAAACAUUUUCCCCUGUGGCUAAAAUGGUCACGAUACGGAUUUUUUGUUGUUGUGGCUGGUACUCAGAAUUGGGAGCUACACCAAAUGGAUGUACACAACGCUUUCCUUCAUGGCGAUUUAGCCGAGGAAGUCUACAUGUGGCCCCCACCUGGCUUCUCGUAGUCACGGCCAGGACUUGUAUGUCGCCUAAACAAUCCCUUUAUGGUCUCCGUCAGGCUCCACGUUGUUGUUUCGCUAAGCUUGUUGCCUCUCUUAAACAAUAUGGUUUUCUCCAGUCCUAUUCUGAUCAUAUAUAUGAUGUUAUUAAGUUAUUUUAAAAGGACAUUUAGAAGAACC